AUGGACCUCACCACUGCCUAUCGAUAUAAUGCCACCAUGAUGGAAUAUUAUUCAUGUAAGAGCCAUGGAGGGAUCAACCAAUUAGGCGGAAUGUUUGUAAAUGGACGUCCUCUACCGGACAUGGUUAGACAAAGGAUUGUGGAGAUGGCUCACCAGGGUGUCCGACCGUGUGAUAUCAGCAGACAACUUAGAGUAUCACAUGGAUGUGUUUCCAAAAUCUUAGGAAGAUUCUAUGAGACGGGGUCAAUCAAACCUGGGGUUAUUGGUGGCAGUAAGCCUAAAGUAGCGACACCCAAGGUUGUAGAAGCUAUUUCUAACUACAAGAAACAAAAUCCUACUAUGUUUGCUUGGGAGAUCCGCGACAGACUUCUAGCUGACGGAAUCUGCGAUCAAGACAACAUUCCUAGUGUAAGCUCUAUCAACAGGAUUGUACGUAACAAAGCUGCGGAAAAGGCUAAACAUGUGGUAUCUUACCACAUGAAUGGCGGCAGCCCGUCGAGCCAAAGUCCGUCCAAUACCACUUCUGUGAUUACCCACGCUGCUGCUACUUCUCACGAUCAGCGCCCGUCUUACUCCAUAAACGGUAUUUUGGGAAUAGCAGCGGCAGAUCCCAAUGGAAAUAUUAACAAACGAAAACGCGAUGAAGUUCACGAAGUUGAUAUUGAUCAUGCCAUGCAAGAAGAAGAGUAUAAACGACAACGAACUCAAUAUAAUGGUGACCAACUGUACGCCAACGUAACCAGAAGUGUACUACAGGAUACCCCUGUUCUAUUCCACCAAAUGUGGCCUAAGUGGGGGAAACAGGAUGACUUAAAAAACGAUUUACCUAUGGGUAUCCCCAACGGCUCUCCCUACCCCUUGCAACAAUUUCCGACACCUCCUGAACAACCCUUUACUCCCGUGGUCUCAUCAACAGGGAACGAUCAAAUGAAGCCUGAGGGUCUUCAUCUGUAUGAGGGCAUGAUGAAUUCUAUAAAUUCCCAAGUCCAGUCAACAGCAGUUUAUUCACCACCUUUAGGAAGUGGCUCCUUGACCCCCCUGACUCCAAUCAGUAUGCAAGAAGUGAAGUCUCUGUCGGUUAGCCCCGGUAACAUCUUAGAUAACAGUAUUUCCCCUUUAUCUUACCAACCAGCGAUGGCGUGUUGUGACGUCAUACCCUCGCAUGUUCUUCCAUUAGGCGGAAGUGAUGUAGAAAAUAGUCCAUCUCCAGUAAAAGCGGACACUCCUACUUCCUCUUCUUUCACCGUGCUCCAACCACUUCAAAAUACAACAUUUAAUACGAAUAGUCCAUAUGAUUCCCUUGACUCUUAUGGACAAUACCCAGUAACGGCCGGAGGAAUCGGACCCACAGGUGUCACUGGUGUUCCCGCCACUGACUAUACAUAUACCUCUCCUUACAGUCAGUAUUCUUCUGCUGCAGCUUACGGUGUUUAUGGCUAUAGUUCAAACGGUAUUAUCAAUCCAUCCUAUUAUUAUACUCAUGGAGCCAGACCUGCAUCAGCGAACACCACGGGACACGGAGGGCCACCAAUCAGCCCCAAUACUUUCAAAGCUGAAAGGUGUUAGUUCUUCCAGAAGAUUUGGAGCGUUCAAAUCAAUCAGGACAUAGAAGUGAAUUGACGCCACCGACUGAUGUGUGCUAAAAAAAGAGGCGAUAUAUGCGAUGUAGCUAUUCACUUCUCCUCAGGGGCAGCUAAUAUUCUUUGGGGAAACGCCUAAUAGGGUUACCUACCUCUUACGACUAAGUCAUCUUCGAAUGAAAAGAAAAAGAAACGAAUUUAAAGUAUGACCAAAUUGGUCAGUGGAAAUCCCCUAUUUUUUUACUGUUAUUAAAUAUAUGAUGAAACAACGAGAGGGCGCUCAUCGAAACAUCUUCACUGAUAUGUGUUUUUUGAGAGGCUCAAACCAUGAACUGGAUGUUGACGAAAAGGAAAAUAGAAUUUGGGUUUAAAAGAAUCUUUAAGUUAUAUCUAUAAUCUAUUUGUAUAAGCUUUA